CCCUAGCGUCUCGACGACACCUCUUCAAGUGUUGCUGGUUCUUGACUGACACAGGACGCCAUGGUCACGUGCUGGUCGGCCAUUGACUACUGGAGCCUGGAUUUCGGUCCCGGCGCCGGCGCCGCGGUUGUCAACGAUGGGAUGACUAGCACCGAAGAUGACGGUGGUAGCCCCAGCGGCCCGCGCCAUAAUCAACCGGUGCAAGUACAGGCGCUAUUAGCGCCCUCGCCUCCAUGGUCUGCAGCAAUCAUGGCCGCGCGGCCGGAGGGCCGCGCCGCGGUCGCCGGCAUGCCGACGGGCUUGGGCGAGGGAGGCCUGGUGGUGCUGCUGGUGGUGCCCGAGGGCGCUACCUCGGCGCUACGCGGUAGCCGCGUGGUACGAACGCUGGUGCCGGCCGCCAGGUUCCAAUAGGUGAUGCGUGAAGAGGUACUGGGCGAGCGCAGCUACUGUAAGCGAGGACUGAGUGUGCAUGCUCGGUCUACUUAGGAGCAGUCUUCAUGCUAUACGAGUUUGAUGCGUAGGUUACCAAGAGUCAGUAAUACUGAUGAUGCAGAGAUACAGAGGGUCGAAGCGAGUGCACUUGGGUGAACGGGAUGCCAUCGAGCUGUCAACGCCUGGAUCC